AUGUGGAAAUACUAUCAAAUAUUUCAAGUUGGAAUUCUUAUUCAGAUUCCAGGGUUCACAGGACUGGGAGUAAAUAAGUCUAGCUUGCAGGUUAGGGAGGAGAGUCCCUGGAUAGAAACCCAGUCUACCAACUAUAGAAUGGAGCAGGGAGGAACUGCAGUUCUAAACUGUAACGUCAGAAACCUGGGGAGUAUGAUAAAAGUGUGGAGAAAUGGGACCAGGGUAAUCUAUGUUGGUGAUAUUAAGAUUCGUAAUGAUCCUCGGAUAUAUUUGAACACGACCAGUCUCAUAAUUCAAGGUGUGACUGUGUGGGAUAGUGGUUGGUAUUAUUGCGAGCUAGAAAAUGAUAUUGAUAAUCCUGUCACCCUUAAACAUAAUCUACAGGUUACAGAGCCUCCGGCAAUAGAGGACGAGGAUGAACGACAGUUGACCUCUAUCUCCGGGUCAACCAUUAGCUUGAGUUGCCGGGCUGCAGGUCACCCUGCUCCUAACAUUACCUGGAGUAAAGAAGGAAAAAGGUCCGAGAUCCUGGGUCAUGGACCAGAGCUGACACUUACUCAAAUAGGAAGGUUGGAUGCAGGGAGGUACAAGUGCUCAGCUAGUAAUGGUGUCGGAAACCCAGUCACUAAAACAAUCCAUCUUACAGUUUUAUAUUUUCCUGAAAUAUUUCCAUCUGUGAAUAAAGUGCAUGGAAGUGUGGGACACAGUGUAAACAUAUCAUGUGAGGUGUGGGGGAAUCCUAAACCAGAUCUAGACUGGAUUAAAACCUCACAACAUCUAAACUUUCAAACUUCAACACUCCAGACGGAGACUGGAGCAUACCUAAGUGUACUGCAUGUUUUUGUUUACAACGAGACAUAUCUGGGUAACUACAAUUGCACUGCACAGAACCGGUUUGGACAGAUAUCAAAAAGUGUUCUGAUAAGAGGAAACCCUGAUCCUCCCCAGGUAUUGAGCAAGGAUGUGGCUGACCGGAAAAAUUCAUAUACUCUCAUCUGGAAAUCUGAACCACAACAAAACAUCUCCUUGUAUCAGAUUAUGAACCGGAAACUACCAGAUGGUUCGGUUGUAUAUGCCUGGGAUAUUGUAGAUUAUCCAGUAAAGGAGAACUAUAAGGAGGACCAACAUGCUCUAGAGAUCACAAAGCUGGAAUCCGAUAGUGCUUACGUCACAAUUGUAAAGGCGUACAACAGAUACGGGUGGAGUGAUCCCUCUCAGGAGUUUAUAUUUUAUACGAGGGGAAAAGAUAUGGUUGUGGAGAGUCCAAUCAAAGAAGAAUCAAAUAUGCUUUCCUCAGGGUUAAUUCAUGCACAAACUAAACUACUGUACAUAAUGUACAUAAUCCUUCUGCUCACCCAGUAAUCUACAUAUAUACCAAUAUAAAUCUUUAAAUGUGACAUAUAUUAAUUUUGUAAAACAUAAUUUCAUAGAAAUAUAUUAUUAGUUUGUA